GAAAAAAAAUCCUCAUCUACACAAGCCAAAGACUUUUAGAAAUAGUCUGCUGGGAGUUCAGAGAUCUAGGAGUUGAUUUUCUGACCUUUGUGAUAAUGGAUACACCAGGUAUUUGAUCCUAAAAUAAUGUGCAUUUUAUACUGUCAUGCUAUCUUAGUUUUUACUAUAGGUUUUUUUUUUUUUUUUACUUUUUACAUUCCAUCAAUGCAUUUCUUGCUGGAUAAGGAGAAACCUACUUCAAAAUGGGUUUGUCCACCAUGUAUCUCUGUUUCUCACUAGACCUUCAACGCUGAGGAAUUGAGACUGGGGAAAGUAGGUGAGCUCUCCCACAGAAGGUGCCUCUGAUCUCCUCCACUGUGCUAGUUUAGGAGUACAGGAAUAGAUGUGUUACUUCAGAUGGUGACAGUGUCAGAAAUGUGUCCAGUUUGGGGGAAGUGUCCCCAAAUGUAGCACAUCAACAAAGAUCUGAGGUGUGCAGACUAGAGAUGGGUGUAAUAUCAACAUUUUGUAAGGAGGUUGUGGCUUAUGCUCCUGAUGUUGAAGGUGAAACUGUUGCAGAGGGAAAAUAACUGACCUGCUUCAGUGGACUGGUCAACUUGUUUUGGUCUUGAAUGGCUCUAUUUAUCCGAGCUGAAAUCGGAAAUAAAGGGUGCUAUGUCAUCAUAUAGUGCAGUCAUGCAAUGUCUGAAAUUAAAACGAUGGAAGUUACUUCAUCCAGCUUACAAUGUAACCUAGCUAUUCAAACCUUCUUAAUGCAUUAGUCUUUCACUGUCAACUGCCGCACUAAUGGGACGUUAAAGCUAUAUAAAUGUCUGUAUUUCUGUGCAUUCAGGGGUGACAAACAUGAUGGUUGUCACAGGCCUGGACUGCUCUGGCAGUCCCGGGCCCCACUUUCCCUCUCCGCACAUAGCGCAUAUCGCAUCUGUGUGCAGCCACGGGCUCCCUGUUACCGCAGAGGGGGCCCAGCACACUGCCUGUUCUCUCUUCUAAUACUCUCGCAAGACCCGUGGCCUGUGCCAUGCGGAGCGUUGCCAUGGCAACGCUCAGAAGGCCAUGGGUCUUGUGAGUUAUUAGAGAGAACAGGCAGUGUGCUGGGGCCCCCAUGCCACUGGACCACCAGGAAGGGAAUCUUCGACCCCCUUCCCCUCCCUGGACACACGUAAGCAGGGAGGGUUAAUAAGUCUAUUAAAUUUAAUAGAAAAUUACUGUAAAAAUGCCCAUUCCUCCCCAUCCCUCCCCAGAUUAUGCUGCACAUUUGCACUAACACCGCACACUGCAUCUGCUGCACAUUUGCACUAACACCGCACACUGCCACAUUUCAUCCACUACACACUGCAUCUGCUACACAAACACUACAUCAUUACACACAUUCUAAUUCCCUUCCAAUAUACUGACCACAUUCAGUCCUGCAUAACUGAGUGGACUAGGUAGGGCGUGGGCGGGACCGGGGAAGGGGGGAGACCCCAGACCUUGUGCUUUGUCAAGGGGCCCCAAAAUUUCUGAUGGCGGCUGUGUGCAUGUGAAUGGGGACAUGGAAGUAUGUAGUUCUUAAUUGGUAUUCUUUGUGUACAAGUAAAAUAAAGUUUCUCUGCUAUACCAUUCUAAAUCAAAGGAUGCACUUUUGCCCUCACCUUUACAUGUGCAGGUGGAAGGGAACAUUCUGAAGUCUGUAAGACGCCUAGAAACUUGCUGACUUUAUUGUGAGAAGUCCUGCUGUUGCUCUGUACUGGAUCUUAACCUCAACCAGUUCUUCUUCAUAAUGUAAAAUGUUUCAUCUAAUUUCAGAUACCAUCCUGUUUGCCAUCAGCAGUGACUAUGUAGCUAGAGCUGGCCUACCGCCCAAGGAUCGUAUGGAUAGCUACUACGACAGAUCUACUGCUGUAGGGAAGCUAAAUGAUGUAAACAAGAUUGUGUUUAGCCCUGAAGGGCAACUCUUUGCUGUCCGUGGCAGGGAUCUUUACACUGGGCCCAUGCCUCUGUCUGCAAACCUUGAUUGGUUCUCUACUGCCAAGAGAGUGGGAAAAGCUGAGUGGGUUCAAUUUAAAUUUCUAUUCUUUGACCCAAAUGGGCUUCUGUAUGCAGCUACAAAAGAUGGGGAGCUCUACAAGGGUCCAGCACCAAGCAAUGAAAAUGUGUCCUGGCGUUAUGGCCAAGCAACCAAGAUAGGAAACUCUGGUUGGAAUAAACAUGAUGCGCUUUUCUUUGACCAAAAAGGCAAUCUGUAUGCUGUGACCGAUGGUGACAAGCUUGUGGUGGGAAGCCCUCCAUCCACAACAAACGAUAAAUGGCUUGACUCCUGCACCACUAUUGGAAAUGGUGGCUGGCGAAUUCUCACCCACUUCAUGAAGAUCAGCCUUGAUGACCUACUGUGGUGUGUGGAUUCACGCAAUGGCAACAUCUAUAAAGGGAAAAUCCCAACUAAAGAUGAUACCAACUAUUUGGAUAAGGCUGAGAAUCUAGGUUGGAGCUAUAAUCUGUACCGCUUUCUAUCCCUCACCACUGAUAAAACCAUCCAGAGUGUUGUAAGCUUUGAAUUCCUACCUGCAUCAGGUAAAAUACUCUCUCAGCAGCCAGAGGUGGUCCAGUCUCAAAUCUACAAGAAUACAAGCAGCGUUCCCUUAAAGUACUCCUUCUCGUAAGUAUAUACUGAAUGAAUAGUCUGACUUUCUCUCUUACAGAAGGGAUUAAUGUGACGUUAUUCUAUCUUGGGCUAAAAUAGGCAAAGAUUCUCAAAUGCAGCAUAGUCUAGUUUCAAAUCUCCUGUUCACUCUGCAAUUUAAUGAAUACUCAUUGCAUGCAUGGCACCAUAACACUCUGACAGCUUUUAAUAUCCUCUAUUGCUCUACAUCUGGAUGCUGUUUGCAAUGUCACUCCAAACUUGUUACUGGAUGUUGAGGGUAUACUCAACUCAGUGUAAGCUGUAUACUCUACAAGCUCAGUGGUGUAUCUUGUAAAAAGAUUUCUAGUCCAUAACCACCUUUCUGCAACUUUCUUCUUAGAUUCACCAAAACCAUGACUGAGACUAGCAGCUUUACCCAGGAACAUGGCUUUACAGUAGAAGUUGGAGCAGAGGUCAGUUUCACAGCUGGAAUCCCCUUUAUCGGUGACAUGGAGACAAGCAUUUCCAUCAACACAAGUACCACUCACACAUGGAGCUUCUCAAAGACCAAUGAAACCCAGGUAUGUGUCUGUCAUGCUAGCUUGGUUUUGGGAUCGGUCUGCAUACUGGCCACUGAGUAUCCUUUUAUGGCACAUUUUGCAAGCUGAUGUGCAUUUGAACUUUUGGCCCUCCAGAUGUUUUGUACUAAAUCUCCCAUGAUGCUGGCAAAGCAUAAAGUGAGAUGUAGUCCACAACAUCUGGAGGCCUGAAGGUUUCCCACCCCUGCUCUAAAUCUGUUCCUGUUUGUCCAACUACAUCUUCCACCUAUACACUGCUUCAGAAUGUCUGCUUUAUCUUUAAAAAAAAAUUAAAUUUUUUUUGACGGUAUAAGCCCAUCUCUCUAUCAAAUGUCUUGCUCAACAUUACCAGUGACCCUACCUUUUAGUUCUGACUCACACUCUAGCAAUCAACAGAACUAGUGUUUAUGAAUGGAAGCUUUCUUUUUAAGCACCUGCUAUUCAACCCUCCAUUCUAAUGCAUGUUUCUCUCUACAGACUAGCUUCUCAGCCAGCACGGAUGUAGAGGUGCCGGGUGGAAAGUCUAUACGUAUGAUGGCUUCUGUCACAAAAGCACAAAUGGAUGUGCCAUACACUGCCAAGAUCUGCACCCUGUUUGGCUAUGAAACCACCAUCCAGGGAACAUGGAAAGGGGUCACUCACUACAAACUGAUGGUCACUCAGGAAGACUACAGUGGCUGAGGUGGAUCACAUGUAUACAGUCUCCAAAUGUAGGCUGGAAUGUGAUUAAAUGAGGGCAUCUAAUCCACAAUAAUGUGUGCUUAAUUGUUAGUGCAUUCUGGUGUACAGUUGCUAAAUAAACUAAAUGACAUCUGAUCUAUUCUGUGAGCUAAUGUUGUGGACAUGGUUUAAUCAAUUCCUUCUACUGUUGGAAAGUAGAACCACAUGUGAUGCAUUAAUACAAUACACCUGCCAUCAGUAAGUAACUGGGACAAUAGUGUUAAUUUCUAG